AUGACAACUCCCCUUGUAACCGCUGCAUUUCGUUCAUCUCAGCGUAAUCAAUGUUACGUGUUCAAUAAUGAAAAGUAUGUGGUUUUGGAUUAUGGUAGAGGAUUUGAUAAGAAAACUAGAGUUAUUGGUGGUCCAAUUCAUAUUGCUGAUGGAUUUCCAAUGUUUGCAAACACCCCAUUUGCAAUUGGAAUAGAUGGUUCCUUUGACAAUGAUGGAAAUGACACAUUCUUCUUCAAAGGAGAUCAAUGUGCCAAAGUAGACUUCGCUCCAGAUACCGGAGAUUCCAGAUUACUUAUGGGUCCUAUUUCAAUCACAUCCAUGUUUCCUGAUCUCAACGCAAACACACCGUUUGCGACGGGAUUAAAUGCUGCAAUGAGGUCCAACACUGGGAAAAUUGUAUUUUUAUUCAGUGGACCUCAGGUCGGCUCCUUCGAUUAUGAGACAAGGCGUCUCGUGCAAACUAGAAGCAUUUCCGAUGCAUUUCCUCAAUUUGUUGGUACAGCCUUUGAAUUCGGACUUGAUGCAGCGUUUAAUACUCACGAUAGGAAUGAAGUUUACAUUUUCAAAGGAGAAUACUAUGCACAUUUCAAUCUUGUAACUAGUGAGUUUAUUGGUUUUAUCAGGAAAAUCCGUACUGAUUGGCCUGCUCUUAAGCGCAUAAUAUAA